UAUCGAUGUAGAUACUAUUUGGAAGAAGUUAGGGCCACUUAAACGUUAUAGUGCGUUACAACUAUUUUACUUAUUUUUUGUUUGCUUCCAAGUGACAGGUUAUUCGCUGAUAGAAUAUGUUUUUGUUGGAUACGGACCGCCAUAUAAAUGCGCACCUCUAACGAACCAGACAGAUUUGUAUAGAUACGGAAUAUUAAAUAAUAUCAACGCGUCAAGAAUCACUUACGACGAAUGCAAUAUCGAGAUUCAGGGUAAUACAUCUAAUAUAACAUCUGGUACCUACAAACUGAUGUGUCCAGAAGGUUACCAGUAUGACAGUAAACAGGAAACAAUAGUCACGGAGUGGGACCUAGUUUGUAGCCGUUCUGGACUCGGACCAAUGACACAAAUGUUCGUAACUAUAGGCCAAGGGGUUGGCGCUUUGUUGUUUCCCCCUAUAUCAGAUCGUUAUGGCAGGAAACCAGUGUUGACAUUCAGUCUAGUCAUGUGCACACUAACAUCCGUUGCUGCUGGCUUUGCACCUGGUUAUAUCAUAUACAGUAUCCUUAGAUUUGCCUUUGGGGCGGUACAGCAGGGUUUCAUAUUGACUGCUCAAGUGUACAUAACGGAAUUAUUUCCCAAAGAACAAAGAGGUACAGUGUCUGGUUGUGGAGGUCUCGGAUGGUCAUUCACGAUGGUCCUUCUAUCAUUAUGGGGGUAUCUGAUGAGGAAUACUUCUUGGAGAUACAUACACCUCUUUUUAGGCUUAUUUGGUGUACCUUGUCUUUUCACUUACUGGAUAGUAGAUGAGUCGUUGCGAUGGCUGAUUGCAAACAAACGAGCAGACGAAGCAAAGACACUUGUACAGAAAAUAGCAAAGUUCAAUAGGGUCGACUUUAAUGAUAUUCUGCCACCGUUACAGAAAGAUAGUGACAUUGAUCCCCAUCUUAUGCAUCAAAAUCACAAGGAAGAAAAACGAGAAAACAUACUAACUAUAGCCAGACAUAAAAUCCUACUGAAGACAGCAUUCAUAAUGGCUUUCACAUGGAUGACCAAUGCUAUGACGUUUUUUGGAUUAACUUUGAAUUCUGCCAAACUGGCUGGGAAUAGAUUCUUAAAUCUGUUUUUAUAUCAAGUUGUAGAAAUUUUUGCAAUGAUGAUGUUUCUGUUCAUCAUCAACAGAUUAAAACGAAGACAUGUCUCAAUGUUGUUUCAUGGAAUAGCUGGUGUUUCACUUGUCUUAUCCGCUUUGCUGGGCUCGUUUAAAGGUUUUAGUGAUCACUUCACAACGGCUUCGGUCGCUCUAAGCUUUGUAGGCAAAUUUGGCAUCAGUGCUUCAUUUUCUACAAUAUUUCUGUAUACUCCCGAGUUGUUCCCUACCAAUCUAAGGAACAUCGGUAUAGGUAUUGCGUCAUCAGCAGGAAGAAUAGGUGGUCUUUUAGCACCCUUUUCUGCACUGUUGACUGACUACGUAGAAUGGGGUCCUGGUGUAGUUUUUGGCGGGUGUUGUAUUGCUGUAACAGUUCUGCAGCAUUUUCUUCCUGAAAGCAGCGGCAGAGAAAUGCCACAAACUGUGCAUGAACUUAAGGCAUGGAAACGUGACAAAACAACUGUUAUUCGUUGA